AAAUCCAUCACUAAUUUGUUUUUGUUCAUUUGUGUUCAAUUCAACGUGAGUUUUCAGUGAAAACAUUUCACUAUACGCUUUAUUGGCAGUGAAUUUGUGAAAACAUAGUGUGAUAAACACAAUGACAUCAGCCACUUGGGUGAACAAAUCCCUUAAAAGUUGCGGAAGUCCACUCGCAUCCGGCAGUUUUGGCACAGUUUAUAAAGCCCAGCAUACCGUGGACAAAGAAUAUUAUGCCGUUAAGUUAAUCCCGCUCGUAAAAUUGGCCAAGUCGGAAGAAGACUUUGACAAAAUUUUACGAGAAGUCCGCCUCUUACAAAAAGUUGGGAGUAGUUUUGUAAUAAAAUACAAUCAGUGUUGGAUUGAAAACAACUCAACUUUCAGUGGAGACGAAACAAGUUCGGAUGAAUCAAGUUCUUACUCAUCGGGGCAACGUGAUAUGAAGUUAUCACCGUUCGGGCCAACGCUCUACAUCCAGAUGGAAUAUUGUGCUGACGGAACUUUGAGACAAUGGUUGGACAAUUGUCCAAGUUUGGAGUCCAGGAAGGAUUCUGCGAUGACGAUUAUAGAUCAUAUUGCUACCGGUUUGAGACAUAUAAGUGAAAUGGGAAUAAUUCAUAGGGAUUUGAAACCUGAAAAUAUUUUUAGUAAGGGGCGAGACACUUGGAAAAUUGGAGACUUUGGGUUAGCAACGUCUUCAUGGGGGGAAAGGUUAACAACGCAUGGCGAUGAAGGCAACGCACACAUUUCCAGAUCGCCCUCUAUCGCCGGAACUUGGAGUUACAUGAGUCCCGAAAUGGAAAAUGGUGGCAACAUUACAAAUUCGAGCGACGUGUUCAGCUUGGGCCUCGUAGUUCUUGAAAUUCUCUACAUAUUUGAGGACAGUGGUAGUCGACGAGCUACCUUUAGCUCACUUCGAACAGUCAGUAGUAACCAAAUGGUUAAGGAACUAUUGCCCAAAAUUAAUCGGGAAGUCGUCACCGUUCUGAUUGGAAUGUUGAAUUACCAUGCGAGUGGAAGAACCUGGAUUUCAGAAGUUCAGAAAAAGCUAAACAUUUUAUGUUUAGCUGAUGAAACCUGGAAUGGAUCUUCGAAACUGGACAUUGCAAACGCAGAAAAAGCUACUUAUAGAAAGUGGUUUCGACUUCUCAAUGUUAACUUACCCGAGAUUCAAAGUUCAAUCUCCAGUUUCAGGCGCACAGUUUGAAAUUAGCGUUCGGAAGGUAGAUUCUCGAUUGGGCUGGAGUUUGCAAGAUGGUGGAAAUGAUAGCAUGUUUGCUCUAAUGGAGCUUAAAAUGUUGACGGAUGGUUUGGAAGCGGGAGGAUUUAAAAGGGUUGAUGAAUAGAUUUUAUGUAUAUUUUCUUCAACGGAUAUAAUAAAUGUCAUUUAGGAAAUGGGUUAAUGUUCCAUUCUUUCAAUUACUUUCUGUAAUCUUCAUUAGGGAAUUAAUAUCAAUAUCAAUAAGCAUAUCACUAAAUAUGUAUUACACAAUGUGAUGGCGAUGAAGAAUGUGAUAACUUAUUGGAUGUAGAAUUUGCUGUCAUCAUGCACUUUAGAACUUAGUAGGGAGAAUAAGUAAAUCAUAGUGGGAAUAUUGGGGACCAGAUCGUCGAAGUAGUUCUCAAAACCUUAAGUGCAGACCAUUAUUUGUCUCAAUAUUAUUUUCAGUUUAAUUUUUUAUGUAUUCGUACCAUAUAAAAAUAAAUGCUGUACAGUGACAAUUUUUAAUUACACAAAACAAUUAUUUUAUAAGUCCGCAAUGUAGGACGUAUAAUCCGUCAUGCGAAAUGAUUAAAUAAAUAAUAUUAUAUGAGACACAGGGUCUUGAUGGACUUCCGUAUCCAAGUUU